UUUGGAAUGAGAACGGGAUUGAUUGCUAGUGCACUACAACACAUUAUCAUAAACAUCAAAGAUGUGCUGGCAAUUGAGGGUACCCUUACUCUAAAGCUACUUUCCCAACUAGAAAUCUUCUUAGGUUCUACCUUUUCCUUGGUUUCACUUUUAGCUAUAGCUUUUUCAGAUUGUGCCGGAGGGCUUACAGGUUGGAGUGAUUUCAUAUUUCCUUGAUUCGCUAGUGCAUAAUUAGUUUUCAUUUUCAUUUCAUGGACUUGUAUUGCUAGAUUUUCAACAAUUUCUCUAAGGUCUUGGUCAUUCCUAUUGUUAGUACCUCUGUUAUUUCUAUACUUAUAACUCUCAUUUUGCAUUUCAUUUGCCUUACGGACUCUACAUUGAUAUUGUUCGUGACCGGUCCUAUUACAGUAAUGACAGUAAGGGCGUGUAUUC